GACAUCAGCAUCGGCACCUACGUGUUUGAACUUAUCAUUCUUGUUCCAUACAUGUUACUCGACUGUUACUUCGAACCCCGUCACUUGAUCUUAUAGUUAGGCUCAUAAUAAUACAAAUAGGAGUGUAGACAAUUGUCUAUCCCCCUUCAGUCUCGCUUUCAUCGAUCCAUUGAUCACCUUACCUGAAGCUAACAAGGGAAAUGAGCUGUCACAAUGAACCAGCGACCUAUCCCAGGUAGGUACAACAGCAGAAGCGAAUACUCAGAACUUCAGACAACAAGGAGGGAAAAUCACAUCGAUAUCAAGAUGGCCAGACCGAUCAUCUCCGCCUGCCUCCAAGUCCUCGCUCGUCUCCUACUCAUAAGAUUCCUAUACCUAUGCUAUACCUACUCUUCCACUCUAUUGCAGGCGUACCCGCAUUCUUCACUGCACGCAACAUUGAUCAACCUUGGGCUACCCGAGGAAUUGGUCAACUACCCGUGCUCGGGCAUAGGCAGCGUGAGUCAAUUCUCCUGGGCUGUCGAGAUUAUCGUCAUGGUUAUUACCUCUGUCCAUGGCUUCUCCCGCCGCUUCGUAGCGGCUACUAUUGACCCCCUACAAGAUAAAGUGACGACGGCGCUGUUCUUCCUCAGUCGAAGUUUGCGACCCCUCUGGAUGUGCAUGCAUCUUGUCACGGCGGCGUGGGUCAUUGCUCGCUUGUUCAGCGACCUGCUUCCUGAGUGGCCUCAUUGGGCAGUGAUGCAAUCUAGAAUUGUAUUGUACAUUGCGUAUCUCCCUUUUGUUCUGUUCAUGGCAGUAUGGGUUGCGUGGGUUGUUGUGAAUACCGCGUGGUAUGAUGUACUGUGGCAAGCUGUUUACACGAUUGCGACACGCAGUGCUUUAAGGGGGUUCUAUCAGAGUUCGGCCCUGGAAUGCAUCGUCUAUUGGAUGAAUGUGAUGGACGUCAAGAUACCUAGCUUUGACAUCACUCUCCCCUCGACGAAUACUCUUGGAUGGUCUGUUCUUUAUGCCACGUUUGACUAUGAGCUUUUCAGUCCGACGGGGACUAUGUUCGGAGAAGCGCUUGAGCUGUCGCUUUCUUGGUAUUCUUUGUUCCGGAAUGCGCCCACUUUAUUGGGUCUUGUGUUUCUGUGAGCUUCGUAGCUGCGCCUAGUACUGGCUGCUGAAAUGCGAAGGGGGUAUUGCUGGGAGGGUUGCUGGUAGGUAUUUCUAUUAGUUAAGAAGUGUUUUAAUCGACUUGUUUGAAUGAAAGAGUUGGUCGUUAAUUAAGUUUUGCUUUAUAGAUGCGCUUUAGUUUCCCUCUAGAAUACUGUCACAGACCCAUUGCUUCAAACCUAUAUCGUCGAAGUGGCCUGACACGUAAGUUUACUGUCUAGUUGAGAGCAUCUUUA